UGUGCCGUAUAGAUUUCUUCUGUGCUCAGGGUUUUGACAAAAUGCCCACCUUUGAUAUGGAUUAUCAAUUCGAGACAGAUGCCUAGCCAAAAAAAAAAAAAUCAAUUGGAGAGGAAGAGGGAGAGGGAGAGGGAGAGAGAGGGAGAGGGAGAGCCCUGGGUCAAUAGCCGUUAAAACCCCCUUAAAACCACACAAAUCCCCAAUAGCAAUUAGCAGCACGGUUCCCAGUUGGGCGUGCUUGGUCUGAACUCUUUUGCACUGUCUUUGAUGGCUCUGGUACCCAGCCGUCAGUUCUAUCCAACGACAACCAGCUUCAUAGACUCAUUCCACAACUCCUUCUCCAGACUUCAUGCCCCCCGCCUGCAAUUCUUCAGGUACAAUUCCUCCAUGCAUUGCAAAAUCCACAAUUUCUGGACAUCUCACGAAUCUUUCACCUCCCCACUGCAAAACCCACAAAGGAAAUCGUAUUUUGAGUUCAAAAGCAAACGUUAUCUCAACUCCAACCCUAGCACAAAUCUUUGUAGAAGCAGUUGGUUAGACAAGUGGAAUGAACCCCACCAACACAAUCGACCAAAACAGCCGCGGCCCCUGUUGAGUUAUCGAAGUAGUGGGAAUUUCCCUAGUUCUGAUUAUGCGAAAACUGAUAGUGGUAGUGAUAAUGAGAGCAGCAGUACGAUGGAUAAGAUUAUGGAAAGAUUGAAGAAGGCCGGGUACAGUGACGGUGCGAUUGAGAGGAAGGAGAAGUCGUCAGAGAGAGUCAUUGAGAAAGGGUCUAUUGAGGACAUAUUUUAUGUUGAGGAAGGGAUGCUACCAAAUGCCCGAGGUGGGUUUUCACCUGAAUCGCCAUUAGGGAUGGAAAAUGUGUUUAGAAGUGAUGGGAAGGCACGGUUCCCGUGGGAGAAACCAAAGGAAGAGGAAGAGGAGAAAUCAAUGAGGAAUAGGAGUAAAACUUCUGUGGCUGAAUCGGCUCUUUCUGUAUUGGAGCUUAAUAGGUUGAGGAAUUUGGGUUUUCGAAUGAAAAGUAAGAUGAAGAUUGGAGGUGGUGGUGUCACUCGUCAAGUUGUCGAUUCGAUUCAUGAAAAGUGGAAAACAUCUGAGAUUGUGAGGCUGAAAGUCGAGGGGGCUCCUGCCCUUAAUAUGAAGCGGAUGCACGAGAUAUUGGAAAGAAAAACUGGUGGAUUGGUGGUUUGGAGAUCAGGCACCAGUGUUACUUUAUAUAGAGGUGUGAGCUAUGAGGUUCCUUCAAUAAAACUGAACAAACGGACAUAUAACAAAAAUGGAACUCCUCAUAGUACCUUUUCAACCACCACUGGUAAAAGGAGCAAGGGUUCUUCUGAAUGUGGCUCUUAUAAUGCUAUCCAAACAUCCCAAAAAAACUUGGAAACUACUUCUGAGGGGAAAAAAGGUGCAGAACCAUUGCUGGAAGCCAACUAUGAAGAUGAAGUAGACAAGCUGUUAGAUGGUCUGGGGCCUAGGUAUGCAGAUUGGUCAGGAUGCAAUCCAUUACCUGUAGAUGCAGAUAUGCUCCCAGGCAUUGUUCCUGCUUACCAACCACCCUACAGAUUACUUCCUUAUGGAAUAAGAUCUAGUCUUGGACUAAAAGAGGCUACAGAUCUGCGAAGGCUUGCUAGAGUUCUUCCUCCUCAUUUUGCCUUAGGUAGAAGCAGGCAGCUCCAAGGUUUGGCAGUGGCUAUGAUCGAGUUAUGGGAAAGGAGUUCUAUUGCAAAGAUUGCACUAAAACGUGGUGUACAGCAUACUACCAGUGAGAGAAUGGCUGAGGAUAUCAAGAAAUUGACAGGUGGUAUACUUUUAUCUAGAAACAAGGACUUCCUAAUCUUUUAUAGGGGAAAGAACUUCUUGUCGCAUGAUGUAGCUGAAGCAUUAAUAGAAAAAGAAAGAUUGGCAAAGGCCCUGCAAGAUGAGGAGGAGCAAGCCCGGUUGAGAGCAUCAGCCUUGGUUGUGCCAAAUGUUGAAGUUGCUGAUCAGUCUCGAACUGCUGGCACACUUGGGGAAACUUUGGAUGCAGAUGCUCAGUGGGGAAAGACGCUGGAUGGUAAUGAUAGGAAAAAAGUAAUGAGAGAAGCAGAAAUGGCGAGGCAUGCCAACAUUGUUAGAAAGCUUGAGGGGCGGCUUGCUUUUGCUGAAAGAAAGAUAAUGAAAGCAGAGCACGCUUUGUCCAAAGUGGAGCAGUUUUUAAAACCAGCGGAACAGCAAGCAGAUCCAGAGAGCAUAACUGAGGAGGAGAGGUUUAUGUUUCGCAAGCUUGGUCUGAGGAUGAAAGCUUUCUUACUUCUUGGUAGGCGAGGAGUUUUUGAUGGUACUGUGGAGAACAUGCACUUGCACUGGAAAUAUCGGGAACUAGUUAAGAUCCUUGUGAAGACUAAAAGCUUUGACCUGGUCAGAAAAAUUGCAUUAUCCCUAGAAGCUGAGAGUAGGGGUGUCUUGGUUUCAGUAGACAGAGUUUCAAAAGGGUAUGCCAUAAUCGUAUUCAGAGGAAAGGAUUAUCAGCGACCUUCUACAAUCAGGCCAAAGAAUCUUUUGACGAAGAGGAAGGCCUUAGCACGUUCAAUUGAGCUUCAAAGGCGUGAGGCACUCUACAAUCACAUUUCAACUCUUGAAAGAAGGGUGGAGAAACUGAGAUCAGAAAUUGGACAAAUGGAAGCUGUAAAAGAUCAAGGAGACAAGCAGUUGUACAAUAAAUUGGAUUCUGCUUAUCCUACUGACGAUGAGGAAUCUGAGGAGGAAGGUGAUGAGGCAUAUCUCGAGACUUACGGUAGUAACUCAAUUCCGGAACAGGCGGAAGGCAUUAAAGAUCAAGGAGACGAUGAGCAGUUGUAUGACAAAUUGGAUUCUGCUUAUCCAUCUGAUCAUGAGAAAUCAGACACUUAUAAUGGUGGACAUGAACUUGAACACAAUUGUGGUAACUCUGUUCACAAUCUCGCCUCAGAAACAAAUUUCCCUUACAAUGUCCAAAGCCAGGCAUUCUGCCAAGAGCUUGAGACCUCUGUCACUGAAAAUGAAUGGGCAGUCUGCAAUAUUCAAUGGGAAACAAAUUUUCCCUCGUGAUGCCGAAUGUCAGGAGUUCUUCAAAGUUAGGAACAUGAAGGCUUGCAUUUUCUGCGGGAGCAGGAUAAAGAGAUCUUCGAAGGCAUUAUGACCGAAAAAAUAGUGACAUGCUGCUGCGGGAAUCAUUUGGGAGCUUGGUGUACAGAUAGAUCAUAUACUGUUUGUUAGCAAUUGUAAAAUUGAUGUUUUAUUUUGUAAUGCUUUUUAGUAGUCCCUAGCAUGUCAUUUAUAUGCUGCAAAUCCUAAAUUGUGGCCAUCACUCUUCCCCUUUGUUAGUGCUGGAAUGACUAAAACUUUCCAUGCACUGAAAGGUUGUUUUUUAUUCAAGGAAUGUCCAUCGGAUUCUAAUAUCAA